ACCACAAGAUUGAAUUUCUCUUCAAUAUCAUAGUUAACUACCGUUUAUUUUCCCAUUAUUUUUGCUGACUAAUUAUACUCUUCAUAAAAAUAUGCAUUGGUCGUUACUAUUAUUUUUUACUUUUUAUAUAGCAAACGACAACCAAUAGGUAAAUUUAUAAUACCACCACUGUAUUUAUUAUUAGAAUUGACCAAGAAAAUAGGAGCGUCUCGUCUUAUUUUGAUGGACUUUCUUUUUAUUAAAAUGAUGUAUUUUUCUUUAUAAACGAAGCCCCCUCUUUUGCUCCUUCAUUCACCUGGUUGUUGGUACUUGGUAUCUCCACAGAGAAAAAUAAAAUAAAAUGAUCAACUUGAUUAGUUCUCUCGAACUCUCAUCUCUCACUCUUGAAGAUCCAUGGCCUGCUUUCUAGCCUAAGUUUCCUCUGUUUUCUUAUCGAGUCUUUCUUGGUUUCUUCAUCAUACUCUUAAAACGUUUUCUAAAAAUCAUGGGGACUGGAGAAAAAGCUCUGAAAGGCUUCCAUUUACUUCGCAAACAAACGGUCAAAAACAAAGAUGUUCCAAAAGGAUGCUUAGCGAUCAAAGUUGGAUCACAAGGAGAAGAACAACAAAGAUUUGUAGUUCCUGUUUUGUAUUUUAACCAUCCUUUGUUCAUGCAGCUCUUGAAAGAAGCAGAAGAUGAGUAUGGAUUCGAUCAAAAGGGCACCAUCACAAUUCCAUGCGACGUUGCGGAGUUUCGUUACGUUCAAGACUUGAUUGAUGGAGAGAGAUCGGUUAAUCAUAACCAUCAUCAUAGACAUAGUGGUCGCGACCAGUAUCAUCAUCUUGUUGGAUGUUUCAGAGGGUGAAGAAUGAUUAAAUAUAAAUUGAUGAUGGUUAAUGAAUUAUUGUUGUGUUUACAUUUUAGAUCUUUUUUGUGUUGAUCCUGUGGAGUUGUGGAGCCAAAAAAAUGGCCUAACCCAAGAAUGAAGUGAAUUUCUGAACUUUUUUCUGUAAUUGUAUGGAAUUUUAAGACAAAUAAAUUUAAUUUUCUGAUUUUAA